AUGGCUGGCUCCCGGCAGGCAGGCCUUGCCCUCCGCGCCCUGGGGGCUGCGGGAGGGGAAGGCGAGGUGUCCGGAGGAGCCGGGCCAGGGGCCGCGGGGCCGAGCCCCGGGGGCGGGAAGAGGAAGAGGGAGAGUGGAGAGCAGCCCGGUGCGCAAGGCCAGAAGAGGCUAAAGAAGAAACAGCGGCCUCGGAGCUCUUCUGAAGAAGGGGCGGGUACUGAGGAGGCGGCAGAUGGCAGCACUGCGUCGAAGAAGAAAGAAAAUAGAAGAAAAUCGAAAGUGCCUCAAGAGAGGACUGAAGCAGAUUCUGAAGAAGAUAUCAACCAACAGGAAAACAGAAGCAGCCUUACAAAUGAGUCUUCUAAAAGGAAGAAGAAGGAUGAAGAAACAGAGGGAGCUGAAACAAGGAGGAAAGAGAACAGUGAAAGAGCCGAAGGAAAUCAAAGCACAAAGGAGGAGCUGUCCUUAGCAGCCUCGGAGGAAGAGACAAAUCCUCCACCCUCCAGUCUGGUGGUUCUUGGAGACUACGACAGAAAGCCAGUGCAGAAGGUUCAGCCCUUCUUACCGCAGUGGCUUGCUCAACCCAAACUAGUGCAAAAACGUAUCAAAGAUAACCUAGUUCCAAUCGGAGAGGUCCCAGGAAUUCACCCCAGGCUGUUGAAAAAGCUGCAAAUGAAUGGGAUAGAGUCAUUUUUUCCAGUUCAGGCAGAGGUGAUUCCUGCUAUCCUACAGAGUGCAUCCAAUGGGUAUUUGAUGGGGCAGGGAGGAUACCGCCCCAAAGACAUCUGCGUCUCAGCACCUACUGGCAGUGGUAAAACCCUGUCUUUUGUCAUACCCAUAGUACAGGUUCUGCUAGAUCGAGUAGUUUGCCAAGUACGAGCUCUGGUUGUUCUGCCCACCAAAGAACUGGCACAACAGGUGAGUAAAGUGUUCAACAUUUACACUGACGGGACAGGUCUGAAGGUCGUUUUGAUUACUGGCCAGAAAUCUUUUGCAAAGGAGCAGGAGAUGCUUGUCCAGAAAAAAGUGACAGGCUACUGCAGCCUGGCUGAUAUUAUUGUGGCUACACCAGGGCGGCUCACAGACCACAUUAGCCAGACCCCGGGGUUCAGCCUGACGCAGCUUCGUUUCCUGAUCAUAGAUGAAGCUGACCGUAUGAUUGAUGACAUGCACCAGAACUGUCUGAACCAAAUUGUCAAAGCUGCAUUUCAAGUAGAAAAUGGCUCUGGCUCCAACGUGCUUUUUCAGAGGACCAAACCAGGGCCUAUAACAGCAGCCAGCUCCUACUGUCCUCAGAUACCCUUACAGAAACUGCUGUUUUCAGCCACGCUGACCCAGGACCCAGAGAAACUGCAGCAGCUGGACUUAUUCCAGCCUCGCCUCUUCACAUCUGCCUAUUCUGAGAAAAACACACUCGGAGAUGGAACAGAAACUGAACAAGAUACUAAUAAGAAAUACACACUCCCCGAGGGGCUAUCGCAAUGCUAUGUGCCUUGUGACCUGAAUUCCAAGCCUUUACUCCUCUUGCACUUCAUGCUGACAAUGAAAUUUACCCGUGUGUUGUGCUUUACCAACUCCAGGGAAGCUUCUCACAGGUUGUUCCUGCUGGUUCAAGCCUUUGGUGGAGUCACUGUGGCUGAAUUUUCUUCUCGGUUACCACCAAAUGAGAGACAAAGAACCAUGAAGGAAUUUGAACAAGGAAAAAUACAACUGUUAAUCAGCACAGACGCCACUGCACGAGGGAUUGACGUUAAAGGAGUGAAUUAUGUAAUAAACUAUGAUGCUCCUCAGUUCAUCAGGACAUACGUUCACCGAGUUGGAAGAACAGCUCGUGCAGGAAAAGCGGGCGUCGCUUUCAGCUUGGUCCUUAGAAUUCAGGAACGUAGGUUUCUGCGGAUGUUGAAGGAUGCCGGCAUCCAGGACAUAAAGAAGCACCCGGUGAAGGGCAACUCGUUAAAGCCGUUGGUGCAGCAAUACGAGGAAGCUCUGCGUAAGCUUGAGAAGACAGUCAAGAGCGAGCGAGCACAGAAACGGGCCUGA